AGCGCAUCUAAUUAGCAUCUUAUUAGCUAUCCGCUCGGGCUCGGGAGGCAGCCACCGCCGCCAGUCUGAGGCAGGUGCCCGACAUGGCGAGUGCUGUGCUGCCGAGCGGAUCCCAGUGUGCGGCGGCAGCGGCUGUGGCGGCGGCGGCAGCGCCUCCCGGGCUCCGGCUCCGGCUUCUGCUGUUGCUCCUCUCGGCUGCGGCACUGAUCCCCACAGGUGAUGGACAGAAUCUGUUUACUAAAGACGUGACAGUGAUCGAGGGAGAAGUCGCAACCAUCAGCUGCCAAGUCAAUAAGAGUGACGACUCCGUGAUUCAACUACUGAAUCCCAACAGGCAGACCAUUUACUUCAAGGACUUCAGGCCUCUGAAGGACAGCAGGUUUCAGCUGCUGAAUUUUUCAAGCAGUGAACUCAAAGUGUCACUGACAAACGUCUCAAUUUCGGAUGAAGGGAGAUACUUUUGCCAGCUCUACACCGACCCCCCACAGGAGAGUUACACCACCAUCACUGUCCUGGUCCCUCCACGUAACUUGAUGAUCGAUAUCCAGAAAGACACGGCAGUUGAAGGGGAAGAGAUUGAAGUCAACUGCACUGCCAUGGCCAGCAAGCCGGCCACCACCAUCAGAUGGUUCAAAGGGAACAAGGAACUCAAAGGCAAAUCGGAGGUGGAAGAGUGGUCGGACAUGUACACUGUGACCAGCCAGCUGAUGCUGAAGGUGCACAAGGAGGAUGAUGGGGUCCCAGUGAUCUGUCAGGUGGAGCACCCUGCAGUCACUGGAAACCUGCAGACCCAGCGGUAUCUGGAAGUGCAGUAUAAGCCGCAAGUGCAUAUCCAGAUGACUUACCCUCUACAAGGCCUAACCCGGGAAGGAGAUGCGCUUGAGUUAACAUGUGAAGCCAUCGGGAAGCCCCAGCCCGUGAUGGUAACUUGGGUUAGAGUUGAUGAUGAAAUGCCUCAACACGCUGUACUGUCCGGGCCAAACCUGUUCAUCAAUAACCUGAACAAAACAGAUAACGGUACUUACCGUUGUGAGGCUUCUAACAUAGUGGGAAAAGCUCAUUCGGACUAUAUGCUGUAUGUAUACGAUCCCCCCACAACUAUCCCUCCUCCCACAACAACCACCACCACUACCACCACCACCACCACCACCAUCCUUACCAUCAUCGCAGACACCACGGCGACGACAGAACCAGCAGUUCACGGCCUUACUCAGUUGCCCAAUUCCGCAGAAGAACUGGACAGUGAGGAUCUCUCAGAUUCCCGAGCAGGUGAAGAGGGCACCAUUGGGGCAGUGGACCAUGCAGUGAUUGGCGGCGUUGUAGCUGUGGUCGUGUUUGCCAUGCUUUGCUUGCUCAUCAUUCUGGGCCGCUAUUUUGCCAGACAUAAAGGUACAUACUUCACUCAUGAAGCCAAAGGAGCCGAUGACGCAGCAGACGCAGACACAGCUAUAAUCAAUGCAGAAGGAGGACAGAACAACUCUGAAGAAAAGAAAGAGUACUUCAUCUAGAUCAGCCUUUUUGUUCCAAUGAGGUGUCCAACUGGCCCUGUUUAGAUGAUAAAAGAGACAGUGACACUGGAACUUGCGAGACGCUUGUGUGUUUUUUAUGAGUGGGUGGAAAGAUGUGAGGCUGGGAAGGCUUGGGAUUUGCUAUGUAAAAACAAAAAGAAAAAAAAUGUUCUUUGAAAAGUACGCUCUGCUGUUUGACACCUCUUCUUAUCUGGUUUUAAUUUGAUUUGGGUUUUGGUUUUUUGUUUUUUUUUUUUUUUAAUUUUUAUUUCUUUUACCAAGUUAAACUUGGGUUUCGAUAGAUUGCAGAAAAUUCUGUGCCUUGUUUUUCAUUUCUUUGUUGUGUUAUUUUCCCCUUUUCCUUUUUAUGCAUUUAUUUUUCCCAAAAAUCAAUUUUUUCCCCUUCCCAAACCUCCCGAGUUUUUUUGGAAUUGACCUGCUGGGAUUCCUAAGAUUUCCCCAUUGUUGCGGUUUUUCCUGCUUUCUUUUGUUUUUGUGUUGACAGUGACUGCUUUCUGUUCCAAAUUCAGUUGCAUAAAAGGAAAACCAGCACAGUUUAGAUUUCAUAGUUCAGAAUUUAGUGUCUCCAUGAUGCAUUCUUCUCUGUUGUCGUAAAGAUUUGGGUGAAAAAAAAAAAAAAAAAGAAAAAAACAGUGAAAACUCUUUGCUGCUGCCCAUGUUUCAAUACUUAGAGCAGCAAAGACUAGAAAAGUAGACCGUGACUCAGAAACUGUUGUUUGCUGUGGAUCUUCAUUACUGUACAGGGUUAUCUGCAAGUGAGGUGUGUCGCAAUGAGAUUGAAUCUGUCUUUAAUUCUGUAUCUGUAGGCGGCUCAGUAUAGAUUACCCCACGCUGUGCAGAAAGAUUUGGGGUGGAAAGUCUCCUCCUUCCUUGUUGCCCUAAACAGACCCAACAGGUGAGGUCUGUCCAUUUUAUGUCAGUGAACAAAUCUGAGGAGAGGAAGCAGGGAGGGGAUAAGGCAGUCCUGCUCUGGUUGUCUCUACUCCAAACAACUCCAUCCACCUUUCCCAAUUGGCCUUACUGCUCACCGGUGUGCAGGAGAGAGCAAGUCCGUGCGUUGUGUGAAUGAAGGGGACAGGUUUUUGUUUUGGGUUUUGUUUUUGUUUUUGUUUUUCCUUUGUGCUUAUUUAGGAGGGCAGUAGGAUGUGGUCUGCAUGUACUGUAUAUUACAGACACUGUCCUGCUGGGACCCCUGUCCUGCUGGGAUUUCCAACUCCAAUCCUGAGCAGCUCUCAUUCCUUCAGAUUUGGCUUGACAAAGGCAGGAGGUACAAAAGAAAGCCUGUAUUGUUCUCGAAAGGUCAGAGCUGAGGUGCAAACACAGCAUGGAGAGAUUUUCAGUUACUUAAUCAAAACUCAGAUGUGAGUGUUUUUAUCUUUCUACCUUUCAUACACUAGCCUUGGCCUCUUUCCUCAGCCUUAAGAACCAUCUGCCAAAAAUUCCUCAUCUCGCAUGAUGGCAGCCAUAGCGCAUAGCUACUAAAAUAAAUUAUCUUGAACAUAUCUUAGACUGGAGCCUGGGGGAAGGUAGAGGAGUCGAGUUACCAUUUGCAUUCUUUAAAGCUAAGUGGGGUUUUAUCUCAAGUGUUGAGGAAACCCAGAAGUGGUUCUGAAGGACUAAAACCUAAGCUCUUUUACCCUGUGCAUUGGUAGGCUCCAGACUCCAAAAAUCAGUCCCUAUGGAAAGGCAGCAUCAGAAAAGAUAGAUCUAUCUAUAUAUAUAAAUAUAUAAAUAUAUAUUAUAUAACAUUUUCAGUCAGUACUUUUGGAUUUUGCAAGGUGCAUUUUUACUAUUGUUACAUUAUGUGGAAAACUUACGCUGAUUUAUUUAAGGGGAAAAAGUGUCCACUCUCUGUUAUUUGAAAGUGUAUUUCUUUUUCUUGUCUUUAUUUUCACUUCUGAUAGAACCAUUGCAAUAUGGGGGCCUUUUGGGAACGGACUGGUAUGUAAAGGAAAAUUCAUUAUCGAGCAGUGUUUUGUUCACCCCUCUCCUGUCCCUAGGCACUUAACCAAGACAAAAAGCCACAAGGAACAUCCCUUUUUCAAGAAUUUUAUAAUGUGCAUCUAUUCCGAGCCCUUAGCACCCAUCCUGAACAUAGUGUGACCAUAUCAAAGGGUGAGAACCAGUUAGCAUGUCGUUGAAAGGGUUUUUCAGCUGUUCUUUUUAGAAAAAAAAAAAAAAAUACAAAAAAUACAAAAAAACAAAAAACACACAAACAAACAAAAAAAAACUACCAUUGUUCACAGAAUUGGCAUCUCAUUUUCGGGACCGCCCAUCUUUCUGUUUUGACAAGUGUACAGUAGUGCAGUGUUCUGAUGUAACUUUAUGGCUUACAAUGUUGACAUGUCUCAGGUUCCUGUGUUUUGAUUGGUGUUUUUCUGUCUCAGGUAGAUUGCAAAGUGUAGGCCCCACACAUUGGAAAAAAUAAUAAUUAUAAUGAUAAUAAAACAAAGCAAAAACAGGAAAUUACGGAUUUUAGUUGUAUAUUGGUUUAUGUAUUUUUCUUAAGUAUACAGUGCACUGUUUGAAAUGUAUUGUUGAGUAUUACUUUGUACAGGUUGAUCACUUUUUAGAGUGAAGAAAGAACAAACUUGUUUUUUUGUGUUUUUUUUUAAGGAAUAUAAAAUAAUGAAGGAUGUAUAAUUGAUGCCAAAUAAGCUUGUUCUUUAGUCACAACAACGUCUUGUUUUUCCCUCUAGGCCAGUUCUGUUUCUAAGGUGUACAAGGACCAUGUUACAGUGUAAGAAACUCCACAUCCGUGUGUUCCCAUUCGCAUUUUGUAUCGGUUCAUGUAUACCAUUUUUACAAAAAGAAAAAAGAAAAAAAAGAAGUACUAUAAAAUAUCUGUCUUCUUAAUAAAAAAAAUUAAUGUUACAAGUGA